CCCCCCCACCUUAACAAAAACAAUGCUCAUUGUACCUAGUCCCCCUCGUAGCAACCGUCAUGGCGAGCGAGGUCAAACUUGGAUCGAGAUUUACCGACAGUAAAACGUACGAAAAUGUACGACCCUCAUACACUCGAGAGCCUGUAGAGUUUCUUUUAAAGAAAAUAGGAGCUUUGAAUGAAGAUGGGACGCCUUGCAACCGAGAAUUCAAGAUUUUAGAACUAGGGGCUGGAACCGGGAAGUUCACUCGUGUGGUGAUGGAGGUCUUGGAAAAAAAUCCGAAUUUUCAAGUGAUCGCCAGUGAACCGCUUCCAGAAAUGUGUCAUAAGUUUAAAGAAGUUCUACCUGGCGUGGAGGUGAUGCAAUUUGCAGCGGAAGACAUCCCUUUUCCUGAUGCCACUUUUGACUCUGUUCUUGCAAGUUCUUCCAUUCACUGGUUCAGUAAUCACAAAAGCAUGCAAGAAAUACACAGAGUUUUAAAGAGUGCAGGGACCCUUGGGGUGGCUUAUAUCUUUCCUGCUGUAGGAUCAAGCCUGUGGAUUAAAGAAACCUUAGAAUACCUAGACCCAGUGUACAAAAGAAAUGGAAUCCUUUGGCCUGCAUUGCAUCAUAGCAAAGUCAUUGCACAAGUCCCUCUAGAUUUGUAUUUUGAAAUUGGAAGCAGUUGUUUUAGCACCAGUAGAAAUGUGAAUACCCAGAGCAUGUUCAGUUAUUUGUUAUCCUACAGUUCAGUGGCCUCACUUUCUGAAGAGGAGAAAGAGGCUUUUAAACUUCAUUACAAUAAAACUAUUGACAAGUAUUUUACAGCUACUGGAAAGCAACUUCAAAGUCUUGAAUUUGAUAUGCUGAUUAAUUGUUUUAAAAGAACUUCAAACGACAAAAGCUUGGUAUUAAAGUAACAAUGUUAAAGUAA